CCUCCCACUUCCCUCCCUCAUGAACACAGCCACGCUUUCAGCACUGCUUCUUUCUGUAUUCAAAAUCGCUCAAAUCUGGACCGGAUUUAGCUCUUAGGCUACUGUGCACCAGAAACGCCGUUUCGUUCAUUACGGUAAAUUAAUCGGGGGUUGUAUUCAGGAGCCUUCCCAAAACGCGCUGUGGACCCAACUAUCUAACUUCUACCCAAAAGUUUUUUCAAAGGAAUUUGGUUCAUGUUUCAGCCGCGCAAAGACUGGACGGAAACAUAAUUUCACGUCUGCCAUGGAGCUACAUUUGACUCAUAAGUAAAAGCGUUUUUUGUUUGGCAUCAGUGGUGAUUGUCGGCAGCCACUGGAAAGGAUUUACAGAGAAUGGAGCGGUCCCGUUAACUUGAUCGCUUUGGCAGAGCUCUGUGCCAGAACGGACUCCUGUUGUGCUCCUACUGUGCAGUUGUGUGUGUGCUGGACAUCCCGCCACGGAAGCUAUGGGCUGCGGGUUAAGAAAACUAGAGGACCCGGAGGACAGCAGCCCCGGAAAGAUCUACUCCACUUUGAAGAGACCGCAAGUCGAGACCAAAACAGACACCGUGUUCGAGUAUGUGCUCCUCGACUUCAGUCUGGAAGGCAGCCGCCCCACAGUGCAGUAUGUGUCCUCUCUGUGCGAGCUGCCCCAGGCCCUGCAGCCCUACUACACCCAGGGCUACGUCCUGACCACCCUGCACCCCAUCAUCCUCUCCGUGGGUCGCAGCCGCUCCCUGCCCUUCAGCCUGCUGUACCGCGCCAUCCUGGCACGGCCCAAACCCAGUUUGCAGCCGAUGUCUUUGUGUCACAGUGUGCCCAUGCUGAGGGUGGAGGAAUGGCCGCUACCGGGAGAUUCUCUGACCGGCGACACCGUCCGAGCCCUCAUCGACAGAGUGAACAGCAGUUCCCGGGGGGGCGUUCGGUUCGUGUGCUCGGUGCUCCAGCAGAUGAGCGGCGGGGGCAUCGGCAGGCUGGGCAGUCCCAAGCACGGCUGUCGCUCACCGCCGCACACCCCGCCCAGUACCCCACCCGGCGACCGGGAGGUGGAGGAGAACAGCUACAGCCCCGACCUGAGACUGUUGGUGUUUUUCCACUCUUGGGCGGCGGGCUGCGCACCUCUGGACUCGCUGGCGUGUCAGUACCACCAGGGGGCACUGUCCAUGCGGGUCUCCAGGAAGGGUCAAGUGGUCAGCGCUCUGGAGGCCGAUUGGCUGGAGCUAACUGCCGCCUACUACCGCAAAGGCUGGUCAUUGGUUGACUCAUUCGUCUACUGGGACAAGCCCAAAGGCGAGCCCGUCCCCAGGUCUAUGGAGGGGUUGUUUGUCUAUGAGGAAAGAAGCACCUGCCCCCCCGCCAAUGACACCAUCGUGGUGGAGCAGUGGACCGUCAUAGAGGGGUCCCAUGUGAAAACGGACUACGGGCCCCUCCUUCACACGCUGGCCGAGUUCGGAUGGCUGCUCACGUGUGUGCUUCCCACACCGAUUAUCCGACAUGACAGCGAUGGGAACCUGGCUACCAAGCAGGUGGUGUUCCUCCAGAGGCCAGUCAGAGGCCAGCCAGCCGGGCAGAAGAAGAGCCAGGCCUUGCCGGCACGGGUCUCAGUCUCCAGCCCCUCCAUCAGCCUGGGAGCGGAGAGCCCCCUCCCCCCCAUGGAGCCGUCUCCCACCGCGGGGGGCAUCGGGGGCUUCCCGGUGUUUGGCGGCGGGUACUCCAGUACCCUGUCCCACCUGGAGGAAGGGGGCUUCGAGCAGGAGGAGGGCAAGGCGGAGGUCACCUGCAUGUAAAAGCAGCUGAAAAAACACUUCCCGGACGGACGGACGGAGCCCUCCUCCGCCUACGGACCUCUCUGUCCCCGACUGAAAACCUAGGACUAUGUACUGGAUUAUAGGAGGAGCUGGAGGGAUCGUUCAAGGGCGGAAAUGGAUUGGUUGUGAGAACGGAUCAUGUUGUUCCUCCCAGUAGCUCUACACCUCGAUUGAAUACUCAUCAGAAAGACUUUAUCAGCACAAUGAUCGAUGAUAGGCCUGUUAGGAAAAUAUAUUUGUUCCCCUCCACAGUUUUAACCUCCUUCCCUUUAACAGAAACUGUAACAUAGAGGGACGUGAACUUGGCACUUUGUGUGUGUGUGUGUGUGUGUGUGUGUGUGUGUGUGAGUGUGUGUGUGUGUGUGUGUGUGUGUGUGUGUGUGUGUUUACUGAAGCCAUAAUUGUGUACAUUGUAUUACUUACAUAUAGACCUAUGUUUAAACAUUAUGUUCAAACCAUCGUUCGGGAUGAUGGUUAGCAGAUGGCUAACGACGUUAAGAUGCAAGACCCUUUUCAACCUUCUCAGCCGUUCUCAUUCACUUUAAGGUAAACGCGUGUAGAUGUUUGUUUAUUUUGGGAUGUUCACACAAAGAUAGACACAUCUCAUAGGCCGGUCUUUGGGGAAAAACCCUUUCAUGGCAUGGCGGUGGUCACCGGGAGAGUCGCCACAGCAUUACCUUUAACUGCAGUUACCAGAGCAGUUCUUUACCACAUAUCUUCACUGUUUUCUUUGCUGUUUAUUUUAACACGGUUUAUAUGUUGUUUUUUUUCUAUGGGGCUUCUACAUCUGCUAACCGAUCAUUGAAGUCUGAAAACAUUCAGACCUAACUAUUUAUUUUCUGAUCUUACAUUUCUGUAAUGUCUGUUCCAACCUAAGAUGGUGCAGAAUCGUCGUACUUAUUCAGGGUAGCCCUGAUCAAGUAUAACUGGGUCAAGGGUGUUCAAAGCAAAUAACAUUUAUCCAUCUUUGUAUGAGUUGUUACAAAGAUAUUUUGAAGGGAGCAGUAGUUGACUGGAUUAGGUGUAUUCCUGAAUUAAUGAUGAGUCGUAUUCGUUCGAACAUACACUGAAAAUCUCUGCUGGGCAACCGGUGUUGGGAUAUUUCGUUGGUGGCCGAUGGGAGUCAGACCUUCAUUGAUAUGUUUUGACACUGGUUCACUGAUGUACACAAAAAUCUAGGAUUAUAUCUCCAACGUGCUUAUCGCUUUCCUUGGACACUUCUGUAGAUCGCUGCUCAAUGUUUCACAUUGCCAUGUCGCUGGAAACACACUCCUCAUUGGUCCACAGCUUCAUUACUGAAUCUGGUAUUUCAAAGAGUGUUGAUUGAACUGCCCACCCUUUAAUGCAAAGAAAGCAAAUCAGACUCCUACGAUAGGGCUGCAUACUGCUGUGUGUAUGUUGAAGGCCGACAUAUUGUAAGAACGAAUAUGACGCAAGUAUUUUGUUACUGGGUUGUCUUUUGCCGUAUUUCUUUAUUCAGUAUCCGUCCUUUUCAGGAAUUACCUGAUUGCAGUAUUAUUAUUCCCCAUCUUUCUUUUUGGGAAGUUGCAAGUCUUUAUUUUGCCUAAUUUUACUGUAUUAAAAAAAUGCUUUACCCCA